AUGGGGGUAGCUGGUAGCAGUUACUUUGGAAGUCCAACAGGCCUUGGAUUUAUGCCACAAUUUCCUGCAUCACCUCUUGGUAGUCCAGUGCUGCCAGGAUCUCCAGUUGGAGGGGCUAAUUUUUCCGGAAGGAAAAUGAUUAUGGAUUUUUUCAAGGUUCUAUGGAUAGAGCAAAAAGGGUCUGACAGCUUCAAUAACCCUAGGAAGCAUUCUUUUCUUGAAGAACUUAAAGCAGGCAGCUCAGGUAGAAUUGACCUUUCUGAGAUCAAAGGGUGUGUUGUCGAAUUCAGUGUUGAUCAACAAGGGAGUCGAUUUGUACAACAGAAGAUGGAAAACUGUAGUGUUGAAGAGGAGUCUGUUUUCAGAGAAAUUCUUCCUCAUGCUUCAAAAUUAAUGACAGAUGUUUUUGGGAACUAUGUUAUUCAGAAGGAUUUCUUUUCGAUCUGUGGAAAUUUGCAUGAGGGAGCUGUGAGCAGAGGAUAG